AUGGCCAAGUCCGUCCCCGCCUGCGACUUCACCGUCGGCUGGAUCUGCGCUCUGCCCAUCGAGCUAGCAGCCGUGGCCAAGAUGAUAGACAAGGAAUUCGCUGACCUCCCGUCCCACCCGACCGAUUCUAACCUCUACCAUUUCGGCCGGAUUGGUGUCCACAAUGUUGUGGCUGCUUGUUUACCUGCCGGCUAG